AUGCUAAUCAGUGCCCCAAAGCUCUAUAUAAUAGCAAAAGAAGGCUCAAUUUGGUCCUGUGAAUUCGCAACGCUCGCAGCUAUAAAUCGCGCUCUCGUGACAUCCCCGGAGCCUCUUUCCAAUAUCGAAUUUGCCUUUAAUACAGAUGACCGGAUUGAGCCCGUCGCACUAUGGGGUUACGCCCGACAAGCAACUGACGAACUGUCCUGGCCGGAGAUAAAAGCUGGAUCGACGAAGGAGGUCCUUAUGAAAAUCGAGCAAGACGAGCAAAACAGCGUAACACAGUGGGCGUCCAAAUCAGCAAAAUUAUUCUGGCGCGGUGUUGUCAGAAUGGGGCCUGAGAUUCGGGAUAAGCUGUUGUCCGUCACGGCGGGGAAAGAAUGGGCUGAUGUCAAGGAGCUAGGAUGGGGUGAUGAUGAGAGUAUGAAGAAUGAUUAUAAAAUAAUGCCGCAGCAUUGUGGAUAUAAAUUUAUCGCACAGACAGAGGGAAAUAGUUAUUCGGGGCGGUUGAAGUAUUUACAGAUGUGUCGGAGUGUGGUUGUUUCACAUACUCUGGAUUGGAUCCAGCAUACCUAUCAUCUUAUGAGAAGAGAUGGCCCCGAGCAAAACUUUGUCGAAAUUCAGCGGGAUUGGGAAGAUCUUGAGGAAAAGAUAUCUUGA